AUGGGUCUAAUCAGUGAAAGAAAUUCUGAUGGAUGCACUGAUUGGUCUGUUGAUAUCAAGAAAUACCAAGUUUUGGUGGGAGAGCCUGUUAGAAUCAAGUGUGCACUCUUUUACGGUUAUAUCAGAACAAACUACUCCCUUGCCCAAAGUGCUGGACUCAGCUUAAUGUGGUAUAAAAGCUCUGGUCCAGGAGAUUUUGAAGAGCCCAUUGCCUUUGAUGGAAGUAGAAUGAGCAAAGAAGAAGACUCCAUUUGGUUCAGACCAACACUACUACAGGACAGUGGGCUUUAUGCCUGUGUCAUCAGGAACUCCACAUAUUGUAUGAAAGUAUCUAUCUCACUGACAGUAGGAGAAAACGACACGGGGCUCUGCUACAAUUCCAAGAUGAAGUACUUUGAAAAAGCUGAACUCAGCAAAAGCAAGGAAAUUUCAUGCCGAGACAUAGAGGACUUUUUAUUACCUACCAGAGAACCUGAAAUCCUUUGGUACAAGGAAUGUAGAACAAAAUCAUGGAGACCAAGUAUUGUGUUCAAAAGAGAUACCUUACUCAUAAGAGAAGUCAAAGAAGAUGACAUUGGAAACUACACCUGUGAAUUAAAAUAUGGCGGCUUUGUGGUGAGAAGAACUACCGAGUUAACUGUUACAGCUCCUCUAACUGAUAAGCCACCCAAGCUUCUGUAUCCUGUAGAAAGUAAACUAACAAUUCAGGAGACUCAACUAGGAGACUCAGCCAACCUCACCUGCAGAGCUUUCUUUGGGUACAGUGGAGAUGUCAGUCCUUUGAUUUACUGGAUGAAAGGAGAGAAGUUUAUUGAAGAUCUGGAUGAAAAUCGAGUUUGGGAAAGUGACAUUAGAAUUCUUAAGGAACAUCUUGGAGAACAGGAAGUUUCUAUCUCAUUAAUUGUUGACUCUGUGGAAGAAGGUGACCUGGGGAAUUAUUCCUGUUAUGUUGAAAAUGGAAAUGGACGUCGGCAUGCCAGUGUUCUCCUUCAUAAACGAGAGUUAAUGUACACCGUUGAACUUGCUGGAGGGCUUGGUGCUAUCCUCUUACUGCUUGUUUGUUUGGUGACCAUCUAUAAAUGUUACAAGAUAGAAAUCAUGCUAUUCUACAGGAAUCAUUUUGGAGCUGAGGAACUGGAUGGAGACAAUAAAGAUUAUGAUGCCUACCUGUCAUAUACCAAAGUGGACCCUGACCAAUGGAAUCAAGAGACUGGGGAAGAGGAACGUUUUGCCCUUGAAAUCCUACCUGAUAUGCUUGAAAAGCACUAUGGAUAUAAGUUGUUUAUACCAGAUAGAGAUUUGAUCCCAACUGGAACAUACAUUGAAGACGUGGCAAGAUGUGUAGAUCAAAGUAAGCGGCUGAUCAUUGUCAUGACCCCAAACUAUGUCGUUCGAAGGGGCUGGAGCAUCUUUGAGCUGGAAACAAGACUUCGAAACAUGCUUGUGACUGGAGAAAUCAAAGUGAUACUGAUCGAAUGCAGUGAACUCCGUGGAAUUAUGAACUACCAGGAGGUGGAGGCCCUCAAGCACACCAUCAAGCUCCUGACGGUUAUUAAAUGGCAUGGACCAAAAUGCAACAAGUUGAACUCGAAGUUCUGGAAACGUUUACAGUAUGAAAUGCCUUUUAAGAGGAUAGAACCCAUUACACAUGAGCAGGCUUUAGAUGUCAGUGAGCAGGGGCCUUUCGGGGAGCUGCAGACUGUCUCGGCCAUUUCAAUGGCUGCGGCCACCUCCACAGCUCUAGCCACUGCCCAUCCAGAUCUCCGUUCUACCUUUCACAACACCUACCAUUCACAAAUGCGUCAGAAACACUACUAUCGAAGCUAUGAGUACGACGUACCUCCUACGGGCACCUUGCCACUUACCUCCAUAGGAAAUCAGCAUACCUACUGUAACAUCCCUAUGACACUCAUCAAUGGGCAGCGGCCACAGACCAAGUCGAGCAGGGAGCCGAAUCCAGAUGAGGCCCACACAAACAGUGCCAUCCUGCCGUUGUUGCCAAGGGAGACCAGUAUAUCCAGUGUGAUUUGGUGA